AAAUCAAACUACACUAAAAGAAUACCAAAAAAACUAAAACUCUAGAUUUUUUAGUUGACAGUCUGCGGUCGCAUUGAAGUAAAAACAAUUUUUGGGGAUUUUCUGAAAACCCUUUGCUCCUUGAUUUGUGUGGCGCUUGUUAUUCAAUUCCUUGUUCCGCCUUUACCUGUAAAAAAUGGUUUAUCUUAACAUAUUAAUUGGACUAGGAGUCGUGUUGGUGUCGGCCGCCGCUGCUAUCUACUUCAACCAACCCACUUACCAGCAAACGCCGCCUUAUCGCCAACGCCGACGCAACGAUGAGGACGAUGAUGCUGGGGAAUUCCAUAACACCAGAAUAUUGCGACGGAACUUAACCCAACAGCAGGAGCAUUGCAGCCGGCCGGGCGACAAGUGCUCCGUGUGCCUUGAGGAGAUGCUGGAGGAGGACAUGCAGAGGAUGGAGUGCAGGCAUGCCCUGCACAAGGGGUGCUUCGAGGAAUAUCGAUAUAUCCGCAGGAACUGUCCACUUUGCAGCAAGACUGUAAAUCCCAGCUUGCCCGGCGACAAUUGCCCUAUCUGCCUGGACCCUCUGGAUAGGAAUGACAUGGUGUUCCUUCGUUGCAAUCACGCUAUGCAUCAAGAUUGCUACGAGCAGUUAAUCAAAAGUGGAGCUAAAUUCUGCUCGCUCUGCAGGAAGGAAUUGUAGGAGUUGCAGAACAGCAUUCAACAGGAACAAGCACAAAGACAGCUUUAAUCGAAAAACGGGCACAACAGUUAUGAAACCCGAGAACCCUCGGCCUUGAUCUUAAUGGAUCGACAAAAGCGAUAAGCAAUCAAAGAAAGUCUGUCUUAGCGUUUAAUUGUCAUACUCUUUUUUUCUAAAUAAACAACACAAAAUGCCUUA